UGGCACUUUGGGGGGUAGGCGGACUUGGAGGUGUCUGCCGUCGGGAUUUCGCGUUUCGCCUCGUCCGGCGUCGGCUUACAGCAGAAAUGGCAACGAUUUCUAUUCUGACACGAACUUUUCUUUUGAUCGUGCUUUCGGAUGUUGUACAUGGUCAGUACGAAAGUUACAGCUUCAGAAGUUUCCCAAAAAAUGAACUGAUGCCACUUGAUUCGGCUUAUAAAUACGCGUUAGAUCAGUACAGCGAGGAGAAGUGGCAGGAGAGCGUGGAGUAUCUGGAGGUAAGUCUGCGUCUCUACAGGCUGUACAGGGACAGCGAGGCUUUCUGCAAUAUGAACUGCAGCACUGCUCGCAUGGAGGACGAAGGGAAAUACGCGCAAUUCCCGGAGCUGCGGUCCUUCGGGAACAUCAUGAAACGGGCCCAGUGCCUGAAGAGAUGCAAGCAGGGCUUACCGGCUUUCAGGCAGACCAAGCCCAAGCGGGAGACCCUGGAGGAGUUUGAGAAUCGGGAGCCCUACAAGUACCUGCAGUUCGCUUACUUCAAAGCUGACAACCUGGCCAAAGCAGUGUCAGCUGCCCACACCUUCCUGCUCCAGCAUCCCAAGGAUGAGAUGAUGCAGAGGAACAUGGCCUACUACAGAAGCCUGCCAGGGACUGAAGAGCACCUCAGGGACCUGGAGACCAAGUCCUAUGAGGUUCUCUUUAUCCGGGCAGUGAGAGCGUACAAUGGAGACAAUUACCUGACCUCGAUAUCCGACAUGGAGCUCGCUCUGCGUGACUACUGCAAGGUGUAUGGCGAGUGCCUGGCCGCGGCAGAGGGCUCCCGGGAAGUCCGAGACUUCAAGGACUUCUACUCUUCCAUAGCAGAUCAUUACACAGAUGUCUUGAGGCGAAAGGUCAGGUGUGAGAAUGAGCUCACUCCUGUCAUUGGGGGUUUUCCUGUGGAGAGGUUUGUGGGGACCAUGUACCACUAUCUGCAGUUUGCAUACUACAAGCUGGACGAUGUGAAGAAGGCCGUGCCCUGUGUGGCCAGCUAUGUGUUGUUUGACCCUGAUGACGAGGUCAUGAAGAGCAACAUGGUCUACUAUCGCUUCCACAAGGAUAAGUUUGGCCUUGCAGAGGACGACUUCCUUCCUCGUUCGGAGGCAGUAUGGUACUUUAACAUGACCACCAUGCAGAAGGAAAUGCUGGCCUUCUCAGAACGACGGCUACAGGCAGACGAUGAGGGGGAGGUGCUGGAAUUCCUGGACGAGAUGGUGGAAAAUAAAAACAAGAGCUGAUGAAACACCUUGCCAGUAUUUGUGUGAAGCUCAUGGUGUUGACAUUUGAACAUUCCCAACAUGCAGUCAAGACUGGUCUAGGUUUUUUUUUUCUUGUUGCUGUAUUUAUUUGAAGGCGGACUUUAUUUUUGUACACUGACUCCGGACGGUACCGUGUGUCUGGCUGUCACACCGUCCACCUGCUCUCCUGCAUACGUGACGACGUAUGCAGCUCCAGUAUGCCAAGUGCGGCCCAAAAUGCUGCUUACUAACAUUGAGGACUGUUGUACACGUGGGUGGUUUUUCUUUAAAAAUGAACUUCUUCUGAACGUGAAA